AUGUCGGGGUUGUGUGGUAUCCGCCCUGAAGGGAUCGUGGCUCAUUCAAAGUUCGGUCCUCUACCAUCAUCGUGUUUUUUCGACAGUGUUGUUGUGCCUUUGCCAGCAUGGAUCCGUAUCAUUGUCACGUUUGCACUCUUUCACUUUGUCGUUCCCGUCCUCGUCGUGGACAAGAUCAAGCGGUAUGAAGUGAAGCACGAAUGGCAGAGACACGCCCAACUGUCGUUCUAUUACUUCACCAUCCUCGUCGUUUUCAUGAUGGAGGCCAUGGAAAUUGGUAGGCUGGCAUCCAUCACCUUUGGCGUCGGCCUGCUCCCGUUUGUUUUUGCGGGCUGUGGUGUCUGCGCCGUCAUGCAGUCCACGCGGGGUUUCCAGCGCCGCAUUCGCAACUGGCAGCCAGCCAACAUCAUCUUCUGGAUCAUGAGCAUCGCCGUCACCUCCAUUAAGUUUGUGACCAUCGUAAAGGCGGGACAGGCCAAUCCGCAGGCCAGACGUGCCGGCUCCGACUACCCGACUACUCACCAGCUUCAGGACCUUGGCGUUCUCAUUGCCUGCUACAUUCUCCUGCUCGUCAACGAGAUCGCCCUCAUGUUCCAGAAGACCUGGGAGGAGACUGUCGACGCCGAGAACAUGAAGAAGCUCCGCCUCGAGCGCUCCAUCAGCGACCAGGCCCGCUACGAUCUUACCCGCGCCAUCGAGGAGGGCUACUACCCGUCCGGCGUCACCUACCUCACCCUCAGGCUGGAGGGCGAGUCCGCAAGCGACAAGGAUGUACCGAGCAAGGAAGACGAGCUUAAGAAGACGGCCAGCCACAACGCUUCCAUUGCGGGAUCGUCUUCCAGCGCCAGCGAGAAAGGCAAACGCACCAUGGACGAACCGAUCGAGCCUGUCCCCAUGAUCCCACCGAGCUUCCGAAACAGCGAGCGGUGGUCGUCUGCCAUGACCCUGAAGGACGCUGCCGCAAGUGACGACCAGCUCAACGAGAAGAACGGCCUCAGCAAGAAACGCGACACCGCCAGAUGGUCGGCAAUGACUCUCAGGGAGCCGGCGCCCAUCCGCGACCCCAACGACAAGCGCGGCUCAGGAUUUGGCGGCGCAAAGGCUUCGCCCACGUUUGAAAAUAUCCAAGAGACGGAGGCCCUGGAGGGCGUCGAGCCGAUUCACCGCUACGCCGAAGAGAGAGCCGCCCAGAAGGCCCUCCUUAGCGAGGCCCCGUUCUCGAUCAAUAGGGACAGCCAGCCGCCUCGCAGCCCCUCCGAAGCACACCGAUCCUUCCUCUUGAAGCCCGCCAACCCCAACCCGCACGGAGAGCGGUGGUCUGCCAUGACGCUCAGGAAUGACGGCACAGUUCCGCCGACCAGGGAGGAGCAUCAGCCCAUGAUGUCUUCCGCCAGUACACCCGAGAGGAAACCUUCCGGCUCGGGCGAGAGAAACGCCAUGAGGCGGUAUUCCGACUGCUCGUCACGGUCCAUCCGGCGAUUCUCUGCGCGCAACGAUCUGAGGGAGGCUGCGGCUACGGCGGCCGCGUUCGUGGACGGGGAGGAUAUGUCUAUGGGAUCGCCGACGGAGGAGACGCAUUUGCAGCAACAUCAACCGCCCUCGCCAUGA